GAUAUUUUGAUUAUAUUAUUUAGUCUACUGCCGAAAGUUAUCAAUGGUGGCAUUGCUGGAAUUGUUGGCGUUUCGUGCGUUUUUCCAAUCGAUUUGGUCAAAACACGUUUACAAAAUCAGCAAAAAGGUGCUUUGAUUUAUAAAAGCUUUCUUGAUUGUGCUAAGAAAACCUACAGAGCUGAUGGAUUUUUUGGCAUGUACAGAGGUUCGGGUGUUAAUUUGUUACUCAUUACUCCGGAGAAGGCAAUAAAAUUGGUCGGGAAUGAUUUCUUUAGGUAUCAUCUUAAAAGAGAUGGAGUUCCACUUUCUCCGUUUCGAGAAAUGGUGGCCGGUGGAUGUGCCGGAAUGUGCCAAAUUAUUGUUACAACUCCCAUGGAAUUGCUCAAAAUUCAGAUGCAAGAUGCUGGCAGAACGCGAGCUGCCUCUGCUGUUACAACCGCCGGAUCAAAUGGCGCCGUGAUAACGGCCAAGCGUCUCUCCGCUACCCGUCUUGCCAUUGAUCUGGUCAAACAGAAAGGUAUCUUCGGCCUGUACAAGGGUUUUGGAGCUACCGCCCUACGAGAUGUCAGUUUCUCAAUCAUGUACUUCCCUCUCUUUGCUCGACUGGACAACCUGGUAUGUGGUUUUCUCUAUUUGUUCAAAUCUUACUUCAGUGGAACAUCUAUUGACUGUCUUUUCGAACUUGUUAUGCAGGGUCCACGAAGGAGUGACGGGAUGGGAACCGUGUUUUACUGGUCCUUCCUUUCCGGUUGUACAGCUAGCACUGUAGCAUCAUUCCUUGUCACCCCUAUGGAUGUGGUGAAAACCCGGUUGCAAACUCUCUCCCAUCUGCAAGGUGAAACUCGAUUUACCGGAAUCGCAGACUGCUUCCGACGCACAUUCCAACAAGAAGGCGUGAAGGCUUUAUUCAAGGGGGCAGGAUGUCGUGUUUUGGUAAUGGCCCCUCUCUUCGGUAUCGCUCAAACUGUCUACUACCUAGGGGUGGCUGAAUUCUUUCUUGGAAUAGGAAAAUAUAAGGGCAAUAGAGAGUAG